CAAAAUGUAAACAGUAGAGGUGAAAAAAUAAUUGGUUUCGUAACAAAGUGAGAAAGAGUAACAUGGUGCUGGUACUACAUCGUCGCCACUCUUCUCCGUUACCCAGCAACAUAAUGCAGGAACAGAUAAGCUAAGGAGUGACAAGAAGAAAGAGUGAGAGAGGGGUUAUAGGGAGAGGAGGAGAAGGGAGAGAGUAAGUGUGUCAAAGCUUAUGAAGGCAGAGAGUUGGUGAAACAUGUAUUCCACUAGAAGACUAUUAAGGCCCGUGUGGCAAAAUGCUUGGAGAAAUGUCAGAACCUGUUCAUCUGAGGCCCAGGCAGUCCCGGCAAAGAAGAGGGGCGUGCUUAGGACCCUAGGACGCGGCGUGAUGGGCGUGGGCGUGGCGGUGCCGAUGGUGGGCGGUGCGUACUACGUGGUGAGCGAUGACCACACCAAGAGGCAAAUGAGAGUUACUGUGCAGGGCAUUGGCAGGUUUUUCAGGACGUUAUGGAUUGGCAUGCAGAUCUCAGUGGACUACAAGUGGACGACAUACGGCCUUGAUGAAGACAGCGAUGAGUACGAGGAAGCACUGUCCAAGGCUCACCUCCGCUCCGCCAGUCGCAUUUUGGACGGUUGCUUGAAGAAUGGAGGCCUCUAUGUGAAGCUUGGUCAGGGGUUGGUAUCCUUGAAUCACAUCUUGCCUAAAGAAUAUUUGGAAACACUCAAAGCUCUUCAGGACCGAUGUCUCAACCGCAGAUGGGACGAGAUUGGCUUGCUCUUCCAGGAGGACUUUGGCAUGUCUCACAAGGAGAUGUUUGCUGAGUUUGAUGACGAGCCCAUCGCUGCAGCUUCCCUUGCACAGGUGUUUAGAGCCAAGACUCACACAGGGGAGGAGGUGGCAGUGAAAGUCCAGUACAUAGACCUUCAGGACAGGUUUUGGGGAGACAUUGCCACCAUAGAACUUCUGCUGGAGAUCAUACAACUCAUGCACCCCAAGUUUGCCCUCAAGUGGGUCAUGAAGGACCUGAAGGGAACACUGCAGCAGGAGCUAGACUUUCUGCAUGAGGGAGAGAACAGUGAGCAGUGUGCCAGGGACCUCUCCGGCCUGCCCUAUGUGUAUGUGCCACGUGUCCACUGGGACCUGUGCAGCAAGAGGGUGCUGACAGCAGAAUAUAUCCAUGGCUACAAAGUGAGUGAUGUGAAGGGCAUCAAGGGGGUUGGUCUAGACAUCAAAGAAGUGGACAGCAAGUUGGUGAAUGCAUUUGCCGAGCAGAUAUUCCACACAGGCUUUGUACAUGCUGACCCCCAUCCUGGCAACAUCUUGAUCAGGAAGCGGCCCAGUGGUGAUGCCGAAGUGGUGAUCCUGGACCACGGCCUCUACCAGCCGCUGCCCACCUCAGUCCGUCAGCCUCUCUGCAGGCUGUGGAAGGCAAUAGUUGUAGGUGACCACACCCAGAUGAAGGAUAACUCAGAACAACUUGGAGUUACAGCUUCAAACUACCGGCUAUUUUGCAUUUCUCUCAUUCAACGUUACAUCGCGCCAGCAGAGGGCGUAAUCCAGGAUAUAUUUGACAUGUUUUAUGACGAGAAGGGGCCAAAAUUCAUGACAAGGGCACAAUUCGAUAAACUUCCUGAAGAUGAGAAGAGAAAGCUGAGGAAGGAAAUAAUGGAUGUCCAUGACCGUGUGUUUGAUGUCUUCAAGGGUAUUCCCAGCAAUCUGCUUCUCAUUUUUAGGAACGUGAACACCAUCCGGUCCAUCACCAAGGAGCACGGGGAUGUGGUGGACCGAUACAAGCUGAUGGCCCGCUCUGCCACGCGUGGUGCCUUUGUGUCGCCUGACGCCUCCAUCAUGCAGAGGAUGCGUGGGCGGUGGGAGCAGCUUUACUUUGACUAUUCACUCAAGAAGGAGGCAGUGCGGAUGUGGGUGAUGAGGAAGGUGCUGUACGUGCUGUACCUGCUGGGCCACAUUCCAGACCUCGCUCAGGUAGAUGCAAUGUGAUGCUCUGUGCUGCGCUGCCGACAUGCUCACCCUGCUCAGUAGUGUCCAGCCGGCAUCACAACACGGUCUGGACAGAUGCAAUAUUUUUGUACCAAAUGUUGAAGUGUUGCCAAGUGUAACUGUAUGCUCAUGGCUAGUGUUUAGUUUUGUAGCAGAUUUCGAAAGAUUAUACAUUUUGUUCCUGGUUAGUGAGUGAUUCUUAGUCAUGUUAUGUGCUGGUGAAUUUUGGCCAACAGAUAUCUAAUUUAUGAAUUUUCAAAAUUGCAAAUUAGAAUAUUUUAUCUUUUCCCAUUUCACAGAUGCAGAAUUCACGUCAUUUAUAAAUACUAGUCUGUCUGAAAAAGAAAAUUAAAUAAAUUUGAAUAUGCAUUGAAUUGGAAGAAUUACAGACAUACACUUGUUCCUAGGUUGUAGUUACCUAAUUUAUGAACAUUAGUAGUAAUGUACAUAACUAGAUUGAGAUUUAUCUAUGUAUUGAAAGCUCAGGUUACCAUGAUGACAUGAUGAAUGUAGAUACUGUAUUCUUUGUGGUGUUUUGUUAAUAAUAUGUUAAAUCAGUGA